UUUUAAAAAAGUAAAAUUUUUUUUUAUUCAACGCACAGUUUUUUAUUUUAUGCUUUUAAUAUUACUGUAGUGAUUUUUUCCAGUAUUUUCCAUGUUUUACGCUGAAACCGACUAUUUAAACGAAUUAACUGAUUUAAUAAAUCAGGUUGAGGAUGCAAUUUCUAAAAAAUAUAUUAAAUUUUACGAAUAUGAACAUUUUAGAAAUAUUCAAGAAAUUGGCGCUGGAAGUUUUGGAAAAGUUUAUCGUACCAAAUGGAGAAAUUCCGAUCAAUAUUUAGCAUUAAAGUCUUUUUUUAAUCUUGACAACAUUACUAUUAAAGAACUUAUUCAUGAGCUUGAACUUCAACGUGAAGUGGCUUUUCACGAUAAUAUUAUUAAUUUUUAUGGGAUUACUACUUCAAAUCAAGAGUUUUCGCAUAAUAUAAUGACGAAGAAUUAUUUAUUAGUAAUGGAGUAUGCUAAUGGUGGUUCUCUCCGAAACUACUUGAAACAUAACUUUAAGUAUCUCUCUUGGAAAGAUAAAUACAAAUUGGCAUAUCAAUUAGCAUGUGCUGUAUCAUGUUUGCACAGUGAAGGAAUAGUACAUCGUGAUUUGCAUUCUGGUAAUGUAUUAAUACAUGAAAAUAACAUCAAGCUAGCUGAUUUCGGAUUAUCAAGAAGAAUUGAAGUAUUAUCCAAAAAGCAAUCAACUCUAUUUGGAAUAGUUCCAUAUAUUGAACCAAAAAAAUUUGGGACGAGCGGCAAUAAUCAAAACUCUCUAAACCAAAAGAGUGAUGUUUACAGUUUCGGCGUAUUACUUUGGGAAAUUUCUAGUGGUCAACGUCCUUUUUGCAAUGAUGCAUAUGAUGCUGGUUUGGCUACGCAAAUUUUCCAUGGGCGAAGAGAAACACCUAUUCGUGGUACUCCCACUGAAUAUUCUAAAAUUUAUAUUGAAUGCUGGGAUGGUGAACCAGAUAAUAGACCGUCUAUGGUUGAAGUUGUUAAAAAAUUAGAACCAUUUAUUCCAAAGAAAGUUGGUAAUUUAAAGAUAAUCGAAGCAAAUGAUGACAUCGAAAAUCCGUCAUCGUGCAUAAAAUCAUCUCAAUUUAUUAAAUCUAUUCAAGUUUCUGAAUAUACAAAAGAAGGCACGUCUAAUAAAAUUAAUGAAGACAAUGAAAUUAAAAAAGCGUUAGCUAAUAAAAUAGUUGAGCUUAUUUUUAAGGAAAUAGAUGAAGAAAAAGAUCAAAAAAUAAGAAACCAAGUUAUUCUUGAUAAUCUUAAUAGAAAUAAGAUUACUUUAUUAGAAAUUUAUAAUUGGUUACAUGAUAAUCAAAAUGAACCAAAUUUUAUUUUUUUGCUUGGGUACUUCAACUACUUUGGAAUAGGAACGGAUGAAAAUAAUGAGGAAGCAUUUAAAUUAUUUAAUGAUGCUGCAAGAAAAAACCAUAUAUUAUCACAAUAUUAUGUAGGAUUAUGUUAUGAAUUUGGUCAUGGGACGGAAAAGAACGAGAAUUCAGCUUUUGAAUAUUUUAAAAAAAUAGCUGAUCAAAAUUAUGCAUUAGGGCAAUUAAAAAUAGGCUAUUUUUAUUAUAAAGGAAUAAACACUAAGAAGAAUUUAAAAGAAGCUUUUAUUUGGCAUCAAAGAGCUGCAGAAAAUGGAAACCUAAUGGCAAUGUUCAAUCUCGGUAAAAUGUAUAAAAAUGGAGAAGGUACCGAUAAAGAUAUCGAGCAAGCAAUUUAUUGGUGUAAUAAAUCUUUCGAAGGAGGAAAUCAAACUGAAAAAGUUCAAAAAUUUGUAGAAAAACUAACGAAAAUUAAGAAUAGAAAAACAUGUAAAAAAUGUACGGUUAGCUAAUAAACUAAUUUAUAUAUUUGUAAUAUUUAUCAACUAGUCACUUCAUUAUACAUAAUAAAUACAAAUGUUUUUUAUUUGUCGGAC